AUGCCCCGCGUCCCUCCUUCGACGGAAGACGAGCCCACCUUCCCUCGUCCUCCUCCUCGCUGGAACGGCCGAGGUCCCGCCCCUCCGAUCCAAGCCCUCCCUCCCUUCAGCCCGAACGAUGUGAAACACCGCCGUUUCUGCUGCUUCAUUCCCGUCCGCUGGGGAACCAUCAUACUCUCUCUUACCGCCGCGACGUUCUCGUACAUGUACGCCUUGCAGUCAAUCAACAGGCUCAUGUCGCCCGACGGUCCUAUUGGAUGGAUGACUUGGGUCGACUCCGCGUCGACUGUUCUCUGGUUCAUGCUCCUCGCACUCUCGCUCUUCGGCGAGCUUCUCCGGCGCGAUGAUGCAGCGGCGAGCCUGGGUACAUGGCACAUCUGGGCGCACGCCAUCGUCGGAAUUUACGGCAUUAUUCUUCUCGCACUGCCGCUGUCGAAGGAACGGUCGGUCCUGAUCUGCGUCGAGACUGCUCUGCUCAAGUGGCAGUCGCAGCACACCAGCGAUACAAUCUCGCUCGACUUGGCUGCGAAAGCUGGCGAAGCAUGCGCCAAAGCGGUUCAGAGCGGACUGAUCAUCCGGGCCGUCAUCUGGGCCAUCGGCCUUCUCGUCGAGCUCUACCUCGUCCUCAUCGUCAGCCACUACAUCGACGAGUUGGUGGAUCGAGAGGCAGCCCAGCUCUACGGCGUCGACAUCGAGAACCCCACGCCACCGUACCGUUUCGGAGCCGCGCCGGAGGUGCAACAGGAGAAGGCGAGGGCGGCAACGUGGGCGAAUGUGCGCAAGCAGGUCCUGUAG